AUGAGCGCUGAUGAGUCUCCGCAGAACACUUCCGAGCAGCCGUUGCCGCCGCCGCAACAACAACAACAGGACGACGACGACAUCCUCGUGACGUCGCCCACCUCGUACGCGCUCCGCGAGUCCAUCCGCCGCACGUCGUCCUCGACCUCCGCCGAGAUGAACGCCUCGUCGCUGCGCUUGACGCCGAGCGCGGAACAGGGCCGCCUGCCGCGCUCCACGUCUCGCAGCAGCAUCUUCAGCCGACCACCGCCGCCGCCGCCGCCACCGCACGCGCCUCAGAUCUCGCCGGUGCUUCCGAGUGCUGGCGGCAGCUCACAGCGCAUGCCUCGGCCGUCGUCGAACCCGAACAUGGACAGCGCCCAGGAGCAGAACUCGGAAAGCAGCGGCGGUCGGCCCUCGGGCCACUCGCUCGGGCCGAACUCGAUGCAGUUUGGCGCGAGCCACCAGUUUGCCAAUACAUUGGGAGUGCCACCGUUUGCCGCCACUACUGGCGGUGGCAGCAGCCUCAAUCCUGCUGCCUCGACUGGUUCGGGAGGCAACUUGGACUUUAGCCAGACAGCGCCGAUAAACAGCCACGCGGGGAGCCGUCGCUCGGUGUCGAGACGCAGCAUCUUUAGCCGCGAGACGUUUAUGCUCACGCGUGGCGAGAAGGAGUCUCGGAUGAUGGUGCCCGAAGGAACGCCGAAGGAGAUUCGGUGCGAAGGGUACUUGACGAAACGAGGGCAUUUGUUUACAAACUGGAAGACGCGGUACUUUACGUUGCGCGGCAACGUGCUGGAGUACUACUCGGGGGAAGAGAAGAGCAAGAAGUACGGCGCUGUGACGGUUGAGAAGGUGGCGACGUGGUCGGGCGAAGCACAUGGAUUUAUGUUUUACACGACGAAGCAGAUACCCUACUACGUGUAUGCGUCGUCCGAGGCAGAGCGCGCGCGGUGGCUGCGUGCAUUGAAGUAUUUCAUGGUGGAGACGGAAGAAGUGAGCUGUGAAGGAUACUUGACGAAGCGCGGCCACCUGGUCCCGAGCCAGCGCAUGGCGUAUUAUGUGUUGAACGGUACGUCGCUACGCCACUAUGCGGACCAGCAGGCAUACCGUGAAAAUCAGUCAGCGAUGGCUGAUGUGGAAAUACGAUCUGUUGCGCCGUGGGAUGGGGAGACAAAUGGCCUGAUGUUCAUGACCGUCACGGGCAACGUGUUUUAUGUGAUUGCGGACACUGUUGGCGAGCAGCAAAAGUGGCUGGCGACUGUGAAGAAAUCGACAGCGAGCGUUCCCGAGCCUGUGUCGUGUGCCGGGUAUCUGACAAAGCAGGGUCAUAAGCGCAAAAGUUGGAAAAAGCGCUAUUUUAUUCUGCGAGGAAAUCUGAUCUCGUACUACUCGGAUUACGAUAUGGCAAAUAACACAAAGGGUAGACCUCUGGCUGAAGUGCUGGUCGAGGACGUGCAGAAGUGGGACGGUGAACCGUUUGGUUUCAUGUUUAUGACCAACGAGCAGGUGCCAUACUACGUGUACGCCGACAACGACCGUGAACGUAACAAGUGGAUGAAUGCACUGAACAAGCUAAACGCUGUAGAGGAGGAACCGCAGCUAGAAAAGAAGCGUUGCUCGAAUUGCAACGCAGUUCUUACUGGAUCUCGCUUUUGCGGAGCAUGUGGCUUUAACUUGCGCGGCACUACGCUGGGUGAGCAAUCGAUGCACGGACAGACUGGUAAUGGCGACGAAGAUGAAGACAUUGAUGGGCGCGACAUGGACGAUGAAACGACACCCUUUGAUGAGCUGGAAGCAUUAUCCGAGGGAGCAAGAACGCUCUUGCUUGCUGUAAUGCAGACCCCGGACGGUGUUGAUAUUGGCGAGAGGGACAACGCGCAUACUAAUUGGACAGCGAGGGGUUCUCCGCAGCCUGACCGUAACAAUAAUUCGGCCAUGUUUGAUCAGGACAUUGCGGAUACUCCCAGUGAAGUAGAUACCGAGCCAAAAGCAUAUGUGGACUCCGGCGACGAAGAUGGCAAGAGUGACUCGGAUGAGCUAGCGCCGACGCCUCGUUCGCCGGCGCGACGAGCUGGCGAAGAGUCGAGCAGUGGUGCGCCAUCUCCGGCGUCGUCACCACGCAAUUAUCGUGAAGCUCCAGCACCGGUCGCGGCUCCACCUACGCCGCCGAGAGCAAAGAAGGAAGCGCUGAAGCCAAACUUUGGCAUUGUAGAGCCUGAGCCCAAACGGAGCAGCUUCACUUCAUUCAGUGACUCUGAAGAAGAGUCCAAGGCAGAGCCGCCGUCUGCUCCCAGACCUGCCCGCGCAUCUUCACGGUCUUCAGCAGGUUUGCUCAUGGCUGGUAUGGGCCGCCGCAAAACGACUGCAAUGCUAGCGAUGGAGUCAAGUAGUAGUGAUGAGAGCGAGGAUGAUACGCAGCUUCCGACGAAGCCGCCUUCUGACGCGUACAAGAGGGAUGAGAACGAACAGAAGGACCACGGCGAGGAGGAGGACAAGGCGACUACCGACGCAGAAGAAGGUCACGAGCGCAAGAGUUCUGCUGACUCGUUGGAGCUGGACACUCGCGGCAUUUCGGCCUUCGACGAGCCCGUGCAGCUGCCGAAGCUCAAGCAUCCCGCGAACCCGUCUAUUCGGAAGAGCGAGCGCAGUGACAAGAAGGACAUUUACAAUUUCAUGGAGAGAGAGCUCGAUUUCACGCCACAGUUUGUGCCAUCGGCCGACUCCCCAGUGCGUUGCCGGUUCUAUAGUUCGAUGGCGUACACGACAGCAAAGAAAGUGAUAAUGUUUCUUUCCGAUUCCGGCCCUCUUGGCCUGUGGAAGCAAGAUCCGGAGAACGCAAAGUUGACGGUUGAUCACAAGUGGUCAAUGACGCCGUACUUCAGCCGUGCUCAAGAAGAAGGCUUUGGAAUUGUGGUAUGUAACCCGUUCUCUAACUCAGCUGUCGUGUAUGAGGCGGGAGGCUUCGAGCGUGAAGUUCCGAUUCCGAACUCUUCAUCACCGAUGGAGCAUGUCCUUUUCGUGUGGGAUCAGUUUAUUACGAAGUGCAAAGGCCAGGUGUCGAUCAUUGCGUAUGCGCGUGGCGGUGCGCUCGUGAAGUCGAUUUUGGAAACGUACGAACUAAGUGCGCGUGAGAAGAUUCACCGCGUUGCCCUGAUUGAGUCGAAGCACGAGAUCGACCACAGCGAAUCACCUGGUGUUUUGGAACUCCUCGGUCGCCGAUCGAUUAAUUGGGAGGCAUCAUACGAACCGCUUGGUGCGCAGAUCGUGGAUUCUCAAGCGCGUGUGAACUGUGUGUGUCUGUCCUUGGGGUUCAUGCCAUCUCAGGAAGCAGACAACACGCCGAAGACGCUGGAGAAGGCGGAAGACCCCGCAUUCGUAUUCAUUGCCGCGAACCCAAGCCAGCCCGGCAUGACUGCUGUAGUCAAGCACGUACGGUCGGAACUGCGCAGACUAAAGACAGCUCCAAAGGCCACUGGCCGCGCACCGAGACAGUCUAAUAUAAUCGUGAUCGGUGAAACGGACGGCGAUGGGCCGAGCGAUGUGUCAGUGAGCGCUGACGACGGUAAAAAUGUAAACAAGAUAAGUGAUAGUAACGAGGAUGACGAGAGCAAGAUCAAGGCCACGUACUAUCUUCCGAAACCGGUGUCGAAGCCCAAGCGUAACCCCGGACCUAGCGGCGUAAGUAGUGACAAGCAUCAGCGCCCGAUUUCGGACAAGGACUUUGAGCUGAUGAAAGUUGUUGGUCAAGGUGGAUUCGGUAAGGUCUUUCUAUGUCGGAAAGUCACGCCUCCUCGUCUGGGCGAGCACUACGCUAUGAAGGUGCUGAAGAAGCAACAGGUCGUUUCGUCAGGUCUCGUGAACACGACGAUGGCUGAACGCAAGAUUCUGACGGACAUCUCACAUCCGUUUGUUGUCAAGCUCCAUUACGCGUUCCAGAGUGAGUCAAAGCUGUAUCUCGUAAUGGAUUACCUCAGCGGUGGGUCUCUGGCCACGCACCUGCGUCGCCGCCGUAAGUUUCCGGAGGAGUGGGCUCGCUUUUACGCCGCCGAGGUCGCCGCUGCCAUUGCACACCUUCACAGUGCGAACAUCAUUUACCGUGACGCAAAGCUGGAAAAUGUGUUGAUGGACCACGACGGCCACGUGCGCAUCACUGACUUCGGUUUGUCGAAAGUUGGCGUCUCCGGUUUGAAGGGCGCUACAACCUUUUGCGGCACAGCUGCUUACAUCGCGCCUGAGCUGCUGAAGGGCAGGACAUAUGGCAAAGCUGCGGACUGGUGGUCGUUCGGCAUCUUGUUGUACGAGAUGAUAGGCGGAAAACCACCUUACUACCACCGCAACCGAGACAUUAUGUUCCAGACUAUUUUGAAGCAGGAUUGGGUCACCUUCUCGCCCAGCUUCUCGGACGCGGCGAUUUCGCUGAUCAACGGGCUGUUGACACGCGACCCAAUGAUGCGUCUUGGCAGUGGCCCGCGCGGUGCCGACGAGGUGUUGACGCAUCCGUUCUUUGACAGCAUUGAUUGGCCGGAGCUGUUGGAGCGCCAGGUGCAACCUCCGUUCAACCCGGGCGUUGGCAAGAUGGACACGCACUACGCACCGCGCAACAUGAACGAGAUCACAGCGCGUGAUCGUGCGCCGAGUGUGAUGAUGGCAAAAACUGACCGUCCGAACGACUUCGACGGGUUUAGCUUUGUCGGGCGGCCGUCUUCGCUCUCGAAUGUGUGA